GAAAUCUUAAUCCCGAUCUAGGUUUCGCUCAUCAUAUCAUCAUAUAUAACUGAAAACCAAAACCCUACCCUCAGACGGCGGGGGCAGAGGGAGAGAGGGAGAGAGAGAGGCAUCAGAAUCCUUCCUGUGUUGAUUUUCUCCCAAAAAUGGUGGCAUUCAGAUUUCAUCAGUACCAGGUCGUUGGGAGGGCCCUGCCCACGGAAUCAGAUGAACAUCCCAAGAUUUACCGCAUGAAACUCUGGGCCACGAACGAGGUUCGCGCCAAGUCGAAGUUCUGGUACUUUUUGAGGAAACUGAAGAAGGUUAAGAAGAGCAAUGGUCAAGUGCUUGCUAUCAAUGAGAUUUUUGAGAAGAACCCAACCAAGAUCAAGAACUAUGGCAUCUGGUUGCGUUAUCAGAGUAGGACUGGCUAUCACAACAUGUACAAAGAGUACCGCGACACCACUCUAAACGGUGCAGUGGAGCAGAUGUACAAUGAGAUGGCUUCCCGUCACCGGGUCCGGUUCCCGUGCAUUCAGAUAAUCAAGACGGCCACCAUCCCGGCUAAGCUUUGUAAGAGGGAAAGCACCAAGCAAUUCCACAACUCAAAAAUCAAGUUCCCAUUGGUUUACAGGAAAGUCAGGCCACCCACCAGGAAGCUUAAAACCACAUACAAGGCCAAAAAGCCUAACUUGUUUAUGUAAUGUGUUUCUGGUAGAAACGUUCCGUCGGCUUCUUGAUUAGCUGAUUUUGUUUUGAAAAUCUUAGAACAUUGUCACUUGGUUGAAGCUUUUUUGUAUUUUGAUGAUUCUAUUGGAUCUGAUCUUAUAUAUUUAUGAUUUUAGGGUAGGAAUGAACAAAUUUAUAUUUA